UACGCAGUUGUUUAGUGCUUAGAUAAGGGGGAAGAAUGGCUCACCAAAUUGCUGAUUGAAAGAAGUGUUUAAUCCCUGACUGAAAUUAAGCUAGGCAUGUUUAGUUAUAUUAUUGUGUUGCAAUGAUUUUCGUUUCCAGUGCCAAAGGAAAUGGUACCACGGGACAGUAUUAUAUAUUGGCAGGUACAGUUUUGACUUUCAUAAUUGCUAGAGUGGGAGCAAAAUAGCGUGGAAAAUAGACUGUACCUGUGUACGUAGCUCUUCAAUGUCUUGAGUGGAAACAUAGUUCGCCCGUAACUUUUGCAGUGACUGUAUCUCUUUGGCAGAUGCAGAGCUUCAUUCUCUUGUCAGUUCUGUAGGCUUCCAAAACCAGAAUUAAUCUGAAUAUAAUUAUAACAGGCGCCUAAUUGGUGGUAGUGUAGGGUUCUUCCUCUAAGUCCAAAACAACGCAGGGUGUAUUGACAGGAUAAAAGCAAACAAACAAAAACACAGUUGUGUUUGGCAUCUAACCCUGAUGAGUCAAUGAUCGGUUAUGACAGUGAUGUCCACGGGAUGCCCUAAAGAAAAAUAACUUGUUUGUUUCAUUUGUGCCCACCUAUCUACCAGUUCUAAUUGGUGCUUUACAUCUUGGCUGUGUUUCUGAUAUGGUCUGAAGCUGGAGUAGAAAGAGAAUGCGGAACUUUGCUCCAAACAGGGGAGGGGAAAAAAGAAGUGGAAAUUAGGGCUAGUAUUUUAGUUUAGUGUUGAAGCUUUGAGGCAGCAAAGCAGAAGAGAACUUAAAAAGAACCUGAAACAAAGCAGAUCUUGUGAGAUGACCAUAAAAUGUAAUGUUAAUUUCAUCCAUACUCUUACUCAAACAUGUAUUUGUUUGAACAUUAUUUAACUAAAUUCUAGCUGAUCAUAAAUUUAGAUAUUAGUGUAUGAAACUCCAGUAAAGGAAAAUGCUGCUUUAGUAAACUGUAACAGGGCAUAAGCAAAGCACGUUCCUGAUUUACUUUUUCCAGUGAUCCAGUUGUGUUCAAUACGGUUUCAGAAUGUCUAGUCUUUUAUGCCAAGUCUUGUUGCCAUCAUAGCUGUGGUGUGGGUGGAAAAGUCAAACCAGAAAUGAGCAGAUCUAACUGUAAGCUGCUUUGCAUGUUGUCAACUGGCUAUAAAUUGCAGGAGUCAUUGACUCAGCGGAGCAAACUACAUUAUUCAGGUAAGAGAACUGUGUAUUGCUGUAUCUAGCAACAGAUCUUCACCGAAUAUCCAUGUUUCUCUAAAUCACCUCCAUCAGUCAGUCAGUAACAACGCUUCUGUAGCUUUUUAUUCAUUGUGUUGAAUAUGAUCACUAACUAUAUUAAAUAAGAUGCAAGAAAACUGGAACAUUAACUUUUUUUUUCAUGUCGUUCAGAUAUUUUCAGGUAUUAUUCAGCAGUCUUAAAAUUAGCACGUCUUGUUUCCUUGGAUUUUACUUUCCCCUGAAGAUUGGUGAGUCUCUGGUCUAAUGGGAAGAGGAUUCUAACAUGUGCUCUGUGCAGACAGUAAGGCAACAGACAGCUGUUCUAUGGAAUGCUGUUAUGCAGCAGAAGUGUCGAUGCAAAACAAAUACUGCAAGUAUCUUGAGGGGCUGCGUGGUUUCUUGCUGUAUAUACAUACUUUACUAUUAACUUUUUUUUUUUUUUUCCUAUUCAAUGAAUUAAUUCUGGCAAUAUUUUCAGGAUGUCACGGUAGAAAAUGUUUAGAAUAACACAGCUUGUGUUAGAAAAGAGAAAGAUGAUUAUCUAAUGGUUUUGUUUUAUGAGUGCAUAUAGUCUCUUCUAAUCUUUCAGUAUCUUGAUUAAUUCAAAAUGAAUGUGUCUGCCUACCAUCCGUGUGCCUACAGGAAGACCCAUUUAAGAUGCACGCGACUGUCUCUCUUGCCUAACAGUGUGCUGUAGGGAUUUCUGUACUGAGAUCCAUUUUGACUAGGAAAAAAAACAGAUAAUGCUGAAUAGAGAUGAAUGUUGAUGGAAUCCAUUGUUAGACUGGGUUAUUGAGUGAAAAUUCAUUCUCUAUUGAAAGUGGCAGGUGUGAAAUUACAGAGAAUGUUGAAGUAUCUCUACCCUUGUGAGGGAUUAAGAGAAUCCAAUUUGUUACGGAACCGUGGUCUCAAUAUUUGAAGCUUUUCAAGGUUGUGGGUGGUGCAGCCUAGAUGUUUCUGGUAACCUAGUUUGUGUUUGGGUGCUUUUUCUCUUAUAGAGGGUAGAAUCUAGGUAUUUUAGAAAGCAAAGUAUAGAUGAGGAAAAUGUUAAAGGAGCAUUUUUGGAUAGAUUUUGUUUUGGGAAGUACUGCUUGCAAUCAGUAAGGAUGGAUCAUAAUUCUUUAAAAAGUAAUUAUGUGUUUUAGUUGUAUUUUUAAGUAGCUAUUAUGUAAAAUAAUUUUAAAUUGAAAUUUAGUAUUUCAUAUGUGUUUAAUACACAGAUUAGUGGAGAAAUGAGAGGACCCAAAAUGAUGUCAUGUUUUAGACCUAAUUCAUCUUCUAGACCUUUUCUAAAACUUAUAUGAAGAGCCAUUUGAAUACUUCGCAUCCUCUUGUUUUAUUCAAAUAGGAUGUUUUCUGCCACCUGUAAUGGUUUUCCAGUGUUGUUCUGGAAUGUUGCAAAUGCCAGUUGGUGAGUGCAGGUGAGUGUUUUGUCCCGUCCAGUAUGAGAUGUUUAAAGUGUUUUGUAAUUAUGCGUUUCCAGGUUAAAUGCAGAACCUGAUGGAUGGCAAAAGUUACUGUAAUCUCAUGGACAAGUUGUCCAUCUCUGCUGACCCUCAGUGCGUACAGCUGCCCCGGCCUUUCUGUGCAGACCCACUAGUCAUGUUUCACAUGUAUCCAGAAACACCAAACCAGGUCGCUUGUUCUGAAGAUCUGUCAUUCCUUCCUUUCAUGCCUGAGCAUUUCAUCACUGAGAACUUCUACAGUGAGCCCUGUGGUUUUUCCUACCAAAUACCCCACUGCAGUUACAACAGGAGCGAGUACUCCUAUGGGCCAGCUUUCAUCAGGAAGAGGAAUGAGAGGGAAAGGCAGAGAGUUAAAUGUGUCAAUGAAGGCUAUGCUAAAUUGAGACAUCACCUACCUAAGGAGUACUUAGAAAAACGGCUCAGCAAAGUAGAGACUCUCCGUGCAGCAAUAAAAUACAUCAGGUACCUACAGUCUGUUCUGUACAGCGAUUCUGUGGCAGCAGAAAAAAUUGCCGUGGAGCCAAGCCAACCACCUAAAGCAAUUAACAAACAAAGCCAAUUUUUGAAGACUAUCUAAACUGUUCCGAACCAAGGGAAAUAUAUCCUGCAUGGGAACCUGGUAGCCACUGCUAUGUUGCUAAAGAUGUGCAUGUUUCUGAAACAUCUAGGGGGGCAGAUCAUAGUGCACGUCGAUACCAGCCCACAGAAAAGCAUCUUUAGUUUUGUAGAUCGUAACUGUGCUUACAGAAAUGUGACCGGGAAAAUGACAUCUGAGUGGCAUCAGAUAAUUCAUGGAAAUUGGAAAGUACAUCUAAAAUUGUUACUGAACAAAAAAUACAGUGCCUAAAAGUGUGAAUUAAUUGUAUGUGGCACCACAUUCUUUGCUUUGAAAUAAAAUAAAGUCUUUCCAGCCGUGA